CAAUGGUAACAUUCCCCCUAAAGUGAAGAAUGAUGCUCAUGCGGUAAUACUGGAUUUUAUAAGGUCACGGCCGCCCCUCAGAAGCGUGAAGGACAGAAAGUUGAAAUCACCGCCACCAAAAGUCCACGACCCCCAUGAACUUCUGCUUACAGACAUUCGGUCUAUGCCCAAAUUGAGGCCCAUCAGAGAUGGUCGCCUCGUUGGUGAGUCUGACAAGACAUCCCCAGUGGAGACAUCGCGUGACGAAACUAAAUCGAGGAGAUUCGGAUGAAAGUCCUCUUCCUGUGAGGAAAGUAAUCAAACCAGAUUUCACUCUUCUCCUGAACAACAGUUUUGAGGAGGAAGUGUCUGACGACGAGGUUCAGCUUGCUGAGGAGGUUAGAACUCACGUGGGGGCCAGCCAGAUCUCUCCACUGUCUCCCGUGUCUCCUGUACACGACCACAUUACCCCUGUCAUGGAACGGCCCGUCCUACGAGAUCAUUCCACUGCGGAGCGAGUGUGCAAACUUCAGAGGAGACACACAAUCAUGGUGUGCGAAUCGCCAACUGAGGGAAAGGUAAUCCAGAAAGAGUUACCUCCCUUAACAGAAGACCCCGAAAGAGAGCUGGAAGAGGAAGUUGAAUUUCAGAAUUCUUCCUCACACUACACUAGUCCACCAUCGUAUUGCGCUGGUAACAUUCGGCGACAAAUGAUAGCUCACCAGACUAGUCAAAAUAAUUCACGUCAAAUGGCGUCUGAACGAACUGAACACAGGAAGUCGUCUGCUGGGAGUUUAAGUGCGAUUCCGGAAGUCGAUGAUAGUUGCACGGAUCAUGAUGUAUCCGAUAGUGUUUGUGAUGUGGAUCUGUCUGAAUUGAAUGCAUCCGAACUUUUGCAUGUGAACUGGAAAACUGCAUGUACACGCGAUGGAGAGUCUAACGGUCACUCGCACUGUCAAGACUGUCGACCUAAACCUUUUUCAUUCUACCAGGAACUAUUCCAACGUCCCUAUCGACAUCCCUUUGUUAUAGAGAAGAAGUGGCAGAACCCCAUUGAGUGUCUGAACCUCACCCUGGAGGAGGUGACCCAUAUCCGUACUGUGCUCACCAAGGCGGAGUUGGAGUCCCUUAUCACCCAGCCAGAGCUCUAUUCACAGGUCGCCAAGAGCAAGCUCUGCUUCUCUUGCAAGAUCACCAAGUUUGCCCUGUUCGGAGAGUGGGGGACGAAGUGUCGGUUCUGUAAGCGGACGGUGUGCAGCAAGUGCCUUAGGAAGAUGCAUGUGCCGACCGAACACUUCAAGAACAUCCCUGUGUACACAUUGAGUCCGACUCCGCUCAGCCCCGAAAUGAAGGAAGCCAUUGAAACAUACAAAAGUUUAAGUCCCACGGGGUCAUCUCCACCCACACCUGCUGUUCCGAGGAGACCCAAUCUCGACAACCGCCCUGGCCGCAAGAAACCCCUGCAAAGGUCCCAGUCCAUGCUAAUCAAACCCGUCACCGCUAAAGUGACGAAAGGGCCCCUAAUGAGCAUAUGCUGUGAUUGUAAGGAUAUGGUCACCGAGAUCGUGAGAGCAGGUCGCACAUCCAUUUCUUUGAUCAACCAGGGUAAAGAUCCUACCACGGAAGUGAGGCUCAACCUCGUCAAAUGAGGCUAGGUGGGAUCUUGUGCUACUGUGCUAAUACAAAUUGUGAGAGAUGACUCGGGUUCUACUGAGAUGAACAUUUGUGAAACAUGCCUGGGAAAGAUUUGGGUACAUUUUCACUGAUGGAUAAGCGGAGUCUGUGUUAGAACAGUCAAGAAAAUUGGACUAGUGAUUUUCAGUGUGUGAAAAUGGCUGAAAUUUGGACAUGGGAUCUGAAUAUUCCGUGGUGCGAAUGACAACUGGAUACAUGGAUUAAAUGGAUAUGAUGAAAAACAUGAAGCAAAGGUGAUCCCUAUUGUUUGGAAGUGAUAUCUGACAUUUUCUUCAACCAGAAGUUUGUUGCCAGGCGAUCCUCCAAACAAGGAAGGCUAUAUUGUGUGAAAAUUAAGACACAGUUUAAUUUUUCUUUGAAUGAAAAAAACCCACACCAAGUGAAAUCCAAGAUGGAUGCUUAUCACAUUUUGACUUCUCAAAUCCAGAAAUUGUUUGUUUGGAUGUUUGCCAUAUUCUCUGAAUUAUAUUGUUUUUUUAAGUUAUUUAAUGUUUCCAUGUAGUUUCAUUUAAGAUUAGUGUUGCAGUUAAGACAAGUAGUUUAAGUGAUUACAAGAAAACGAAACCAGUUCUGAAGAAUUAUUUAAAGCCAAAGAACAUGAAAUUUGCAAUUUCAGUUUAGUCCCAUUUUAGAAUUAUGUGAAUAGUUUUGCUUCAAGGAAAAAUAGUAUGUUAUCGAGCACAAUUAGCGAAAAUGCCUGUCUCAGAUAGAAGGAAGAAUAUUUAGUGCUUUGUAUUAUUGCAAAUCCAAGAUUUGUUUCAGAGGAAAGGGCACCAAAUAUUAUAACAUUUACCACUAUGCUGAAAUCUGUAAAACAGAAGUUGCUGUGGUUGUUUUCAACAAAUCUUGAAUCUCAAGCUGAUGUAUCUAAUCACGACAUGGUAAAAAAUUUGUUGAUAUAUUUAUAUAGCACAUUCGUCUUGGUAUAGUCAACCAUUCAGUUUUUCUCAGUACAAUCAGGUUUGGUUUCCCAAUAGAAAAAAAAUCAUGCUAACAUAAUCAAUGUACAUUUUUGUGAAUAUAUGGAAAGCUUUUGUUUUAAGAGAUGUUUUUGUAACUAUAGCAACGUGUGAAUAACCAAGUUACCAUAGCAACCACAUUCUUCACCUUGACAUGGUGACCUUCAGGAUUAAGAAAAGGCAAAAAAACAUUACAAAUGGGGGAUAAAAAAUAUGACACUGAUUUAAGAUUGUGUUUCUAUGGAAACCUUGACAUUGUCAACCCCUGUAAUUCUAGACAAUUAUGAAAUGUAUAUCUGAUAUUACUUUGACCCAUUAUUGAGUUAUACUUACAGAUAAUGUUAAUGGAAUACAACCAUCUGGAUUAUGUCACCUUCAACGCAGUGCUAUUGUUUUGGGGUUUUUAGGAAAAAAUACCAAAUUUAUUCCAUUCAUUUAUUUUCUACCCUAAUUAUUUAGGGGUGGUGGGGUAGCCAAGUGGUUAAAGCAUUCACUCGUCAUGCCGAAGACCCGGGUUCGUUUCCCCACAUGGGUACAAUGUGUGAAGCCCAUUUCUGGUGUCCCCCGCUGGAAUAUUGCUAAAAGCGGUGUAAUACUAAACUCACUCACUCUAAUUAUUUAAUAAUCUCUUCAUCAUACAAUUUGUAUGAUAGGUAAAAAUAUCAAUAAAUCAAGUAAACUACAUGACAUCUGACAUGAUGCCAAUGACAUUCAUGUGUGCUUUGCCAAUUAACUGGAAGGUCACCAUUUAACCCGAUAGUUGUACUGUACAUAGAUUUUAUUCAGGACCCGUAGUCUUCCAAGUAUUUCACAACGCACGUACAAGUUUUAGAACUGUUGAUCUAGCUAGGGCUUUCAUAUGAUUCUCACAGAGAUGUUGGUUUGAGUGAUGGACGUUUCCUCAUACAGUUUCCAUACCGAUUUGGAAAUAUAUCGUAUGAUCUUUGAAGAAUCCUUUUUGUGUUUGUUGUAGGUCAGUCAUCCAAUGGAUGGCAAUGAAUUCUGGGAAUGGUUCCCUUCCUUUUUUUAUUUGUAAGGCUUUUACCAUGUGAGUUCCAAUUUUGAAAAGAUUCACAUGUACAUCAAGAAUUUGUUAAUUGUUGGUUCACAUAGUGGAAAAGCUGAAAAAAAUUAUUAUAUGGAGUUGUGUCCCUUACCAUGACAGGAUCUGAUUUUUCAAAACCCAUAUUCAGCCUGUUAUGAGCCAGAGUGGUACAUGUCAUCAAUUUUGUGGUUUCUACCAUCCUUAAACUGACAGGAUUUAACUGAAAUAAUCUUCAUAGUAGCGUGAAACCUAAAUCACUCACUCACUAUUUGCAGUUGCUGCGCUAAAGGUCAUCAUUGUCGUAGGAGGCUACAAAGUGGUUUGGGUGGUCAGGGUUGUUGACUCAGUUGAUGCGUGUCUUCGGUUUAGAAUUGUGUAGAUUGAUGCUCAUGAUGUCAGUCACUGGAUUAUCCGACCCAGCCUUGAAUAUUUACUCACUGCCGUAACUGGAAUAUUGUUGAUUUAGUGUUAAACAACACACAAGAUGUUGUAAAUACAGCCAUUAUUCAUGGUUGUUUCACUCUGAUAAUGAAAAUGCAGCGGAGAUGUCAUCAAAACAACUGAAUACGUGCUUGCCAAGCAAUAUUAAGUCAAAUCCAUCAGUUAAAUCAAACAAAAUAUACCCAAAA